AUGGCAGAAGCCAGUAUUUCAGUGGCUCCGGACCAGUUCUGCUGUCCAGUAUGUCUGGAUCUCCUGAAGGAGCCUGUGGCUCUUCCCUGUGGACACACUUACUGUAUGGCCUGUAUUACAGACUCCUGGAAUCAGGAUGAUGAGAAGGGGGUCUACAGCUGUCCCCAAUGCAGACAGGCCUUCACUCCAAGACCUGUACUGAGCAAAAACACCAUUCUGGCUGAAAUGGUGGAGAAACUGGGGAAGACAACACUCCAACAACCUGCUGCUGCUCCUGCUGGUCCUGGAGAUGUGGAGUGCAGCGUCUGUACUGGAAGAAAACGCAAAGCCGUCAAAUCCUGCUUGAUGUGCAUGAACUCCUACUGUCAAGUUCACCUUGAACAGCACGAGAAUUUCUUCAAAGACAAGAAACACCAUUUGAUGGAAGCAACUAAACGGCUCCAGCAGAUGAUCUGUAAGACACAUGACAGGCCUCUAGAAGUUUUCUGUCAAACUGACCAGGAGUGUAUUUGUUUGAUGUGUACGCUGGACAAACACCAAAAGCAUAAAACUAGACCAGCUGCAGCAGAGAGGACAGACAAACAGAGGCAAUUAGAGGAAAUACGCAGAAAAUACAAUGAGGAAAUCCAGCAGAACGAGCAAAAACUUCAGGAGCUUAGAAAGGCUGUGGAUUCUCACAAGCGCUCCGCUCAGGCAGCAGUGGAUUACAGUGAGAGGAUCUUCACCGAACUGAUCCACUCCAUUGAGAGAAGACGUUCUGAGGUCACACAGCUGAUCAGAGCUCAGGAAAAGGCUGCAGUGAGUCAAGCUGAAAAGCUCUUGAAGAGACUGGAGUCAUCAAUUGAUUUACUGAAGAGGAGAGACACGGAGCUGGAGCAGUUGUCACACACAGACGAUCACAUCCAUUUCCUUCAGAAUUUCAGGCCUCCUGUUUUGCUUUAUGUGAACGUACUCGACAUCACUGUCAGUUCCCAGCUCUCUUUUGACAAUAUUGGAAAAUCUGUCUCUCUGCUGAGAGGGAUACUAGAAGAUUUCUGUAAAGAGGAGAUGGAACGGAUUUCUGCUAGAGUGAAAUACAUCCAGAUCACUGCCACCAAUAAUCCCAAGACUAGGGAAGAGUUCUUACAAUCUUCCUGUCAACUCAGUCUGGAUCCAAACACAGCAAAUACCCACCUUCAUCUGUCUCAGAAGAACACUGUAGUUACUUAUACUGACAAAGGCCAGCUGUGUAUUGCACAUCCAGACACAUUUAAAGUCAGCCCUCAAGUGUUGUGUAGAGAGAGUGUGUGUGGACGUGCGUACUGGGAGGUUGAGUGGAGUGGGAAUUGUUGGGUGGGAAUAUCAGUGUCUUAUAAGAGCAUCGACAGGAAGGGUGUCGAGGGUGAGUUUGGAUGUAAUGAUCAAUCCUGGACAUUGCGAAACACUAACUUAGAUCUGUUAUUCACACAUAAUUCUGCACACAGUAAAAUCAUGGCACCCCUACAGUCCUCUAGAAUAGGAGUGUAUGUGGAUCACAGUGCAGGGACUCUGUCCUUCUACAGCGUCUCUGACACAAUGACCCUUCUCAAAAGAGUCAAGACCACAUUCACUCAGCCUCUCUAUCCUGGCUUUACGGUUUUAAGAGGAUCAAGUGUGAAACUAUGUGAUCUAACUACAUAGAUGAGGCAGUGUGAUUCAGAAAUAGUAUUAUCACAUCAAUAUUGUAUUAUCAGUGUUGUUAUUGUUAACUAGAACUGUUAACGCUAUUGUAUUCAUUAUCUGACUGAAAUAAAGUACAAA